GGGCUAGAAAUUAGAUUGACUCCACUCGUGGUUCAGUGCAGUUUUGAUGUGUCUCGCGAGAAGAGUCGCCGUUGUUAGCCCACAAACGUGCAACUGUUUGAGAUUGUGAGGCUGAGAUAUUCCACAGAUGAAUUUCACAAAGACCAGUUGAUAUUAGAUUUUGUGCAAUACUUCAGCUGAUAAAGGCAAAACGGCCAAUUUUAACGAAGAAACACAAACAUUCCGCAGCGAAAGUGAAUGGGAUUUCGUAUUUAUCAUAUUACCCCAUCGAAAAUUGUCUGUGUGAAUUAUUGAUUUUUUUUUAUAACACACCUUCUUACUCUUGAUUUCGAAGUGCAUACCUUGUGAGAAGUUCAUCAAUUUUUAUUGUGCUGUAUUAUUGUGGAAUUUUCAUUUUGCAUUUUUCUUUUGGCUUUGGAGCAAAAGAGUGAGAAGAAAAGCAACAACGGACAAUGUGAAUGCCAGAGGGGAGAAGCUAUUUUUUUUUCUUCAUCAUCACAUUGAACAAGUGUUGGAAAAAUUAUUGAUUCAACCUGAAGCCCUUGCCCCAAUUUAUCUCGUCUCAGAGAUACAACAUCAUCUUGCACAAACAUCUGUUGGAAAAGCAUUAGUUAGAGUGUGUGGUUUUUGGAAAAUGCAACGAUUGGCCUUUUAUUGGUCAGACCACAAAAAGUGAAAUCAUCCCGAGGAAUUUCCUUCAAAGUUCUAUACAAUAUUUUCUUUUGUGGUCUUUCAAAAUCAAUUUCCUGGGAGCACAUUGAAGAAUUAAAAAAAAACAAUCUAUAUGCACCAAGGAAGUAAGAGUGUCCAAGAUUGAGGGCAAGUCCACGGAAUAGAAAAAAAAGCACAUAUAUGUAUAAACACAUUAGAAUAUCCCGGAAAGAAUUGUAUCAUGAGAAGCAGACAAGAUGCUAAUUGCAGUAUUAUCGAUUGGAAGUCUAUGAGAAUCAUACUUGUCCUCGUGCUAACUGCUUCUCUGUGGCCACAUAAAAAUUUAUAAUUCUAAUAUAAACCUAGGUUGGCAGAAUAAACCGAGAAUGUGGUUGUUUUUUCAUGCCCAACACAAAUGACACAAAGAAUACGCAAUAUUGAUUGGAUGUCUCGCACGAAGUUAAUUUCAUGAUACGGACGCACCAGAAAGAAAAGAAAAACAAUUUCCAGACACGUGCAAAUUGACCAUUUAGACGCCAAAUUGAAACAUCAUAAUCAAUUGGACAAAUAUAGAGCCAGAGAUAUUUUUUUUUGUUGGAAAUUAUGAUUUGGUGCUACUUGCUGGGAGCUGCUCUAGCUGGAUUCAUUCUUGCCCAUGGCAUCCUCGAGCUUCACUAUUUCCUCCGAAUGUGCCUGGCUGUCGGCAUAGCCAAGUUCUUUAAGAGUCGUAGUCAUAUUCUGGACAUGACAUCAGUCACUGGUCUGUGCAUAACAACGGACAUUGACACCCUCCUCUUUCACAUGAACAAUGCCAGAUACUUCAGGGAAUUGGAUUUUGCCAAAGCAGACUUUUACGAGAGAACUGGACUCUACAGGACAAUAGUGAAGAAGGGAGGAUCAAUUUUUCAGGGUGCCGCAACAAUUAGAUACCGAAGAUUCAUCAAGACUUUUACACGCUUCAAGAUCACAACAAAAAUCGUCUAUUGGGAUGAAAAAUCAAUAUUUAUGGAGCAUAAAUUCAUCUCACCGUCUGAUGGUUUUGUGCGAUGCGUUGUUCUAUCCCGACAGCGUGUUGUGAAUUUGCCUGUAGAUGAUCUCAUGAAUGAACUCUUGGGGAAGACAACCAAGAAGCAAACACCAUUCGACAGACUGGAAAAUGGAAAUGCUGAACAUGCCAAAAUCAAACCAAGCAUUCCCCUUGAGGUUGCCAAAUGGAUGGAAUGGAAUGAUAUUUCUAGUGCAAAUCUACGUACUGAUACAUAAGAAUACUCUCCAGAAACUGGGAAUUGUGGAGGGAAUUGCCUCUCUCCAAAAAAAAAGAAAAACACAAACAGCGCCAAAACUAAACUUAGUCGAGUCACCAAAGCCUCAGUGUGACCACAAACCAUGUGUCUCCACUUAAGAGCUCUCUUAAGUUCAUUCAACAUUGCGAUUUUCAUGUGAUAGUAGUUGUGUUAAUUUUUUUUUAUCAGAUAUUUAGUAUAUCUUUAAUAAUUUCUUCUCUGAAGCAAUUAAUAUAUACCACACAUUGUCCACCAAUUGCACAUAGAGUCGAGAAAAUUUUCUUUUACCGGUGAAAGUGUUACCCCAAAUUACAAUGUCAGUCAUUAUUGUAUGUAAUCUCCUUUAGAAAAAUACUCAGAAGCGCACAAUAAAUGCUCUAGCAUUGAACCAAAAAGAAAUCAAUCUAUAAUCAAUGUGAUUCACGAUAAAAACGACGAAAAACACAGGAGAAAGAAAUGGAGAAAAUGCUGAAUGUUGUUUUAUAAAGCCAGAGUUCAAAAUAAAAAUGUAAAUUGAGUGUUUAAAAUGGACAAUUUAUGCGUUGAAUAAAAAAUCUGCUUUGUCACACGCAGGCACUAUUGGAAA